AAACAAAAUGCUUUAUUUAAUUCAUACAGUUGGACGACUUCCAAUUCCAAAGAAAUUUACUUUUAUAAAGUCAAUAAUUCGCCAUUCAAGCUCUAGUAGAGGCGGACCUUCGCGUGAUAAACUUAAAGCAAUCCCUUUUGCACAACACGUCAAGGCUGCUGAAAAGACUUUUGAAGACUAUCAUGGUAGUGGUUUUUUUUCCGCACGACUAUCUAAAAUGGCCCCGCCAGAGCAAACGUUCCUCCCUUUCUGGGUUGUAUCAGCCACAGUUCAUUCCACCAUUGAACAAGCACAAGUGGGAAGACGAGUGAUGAGAUCGGUAUAUAACCCCGCCACCAAGCAAACAGAAUCACGAUGGGAAACGGAGUGGGCUUGGGUACCUGAGAAACAUAGUUUUACAAGAGAGUAUAUUCCUUUGGCCCACCCCGGCUUACAAAUUUACGGCUCACAUAGGUAUAGACGCGGUCUCGUAAGUAAAAUAGCUACGGGUCCAGCGCUUGAAAAUGCCAUACCAUUUUCUCCUUCCUUAUUAGAUACGCCCUCCAACGACGAUCCACCACGUAAAGUAGAUCCUUUCAUGAUUUAUCCCACAACAGCUUUAAGAUUUGCAAAAUCUUAUAUCAAAGACUCAGAGGAGAAAUUAGCAGACGAUUUUUUAAGAAAGGCAUAUGGGAUGGAUGAGACAAGAUUGUUAAAAAUAAACAUUCAAUUGGAGAAUGUCCGUGUAUCACCUGUGUAUUACCCAGCAUAUAUCUUUUCGGUAAAUUAUCUGGGUAGAAGGUUGAGAACGUUUGUCAAUGGCCACGAUUUGACGAUAGGCGGAACCAAAGUUUAUAAUUGGGAGAGAGUGGCUGCUGUCUCUGCUUUGGGUAUGGCCGCAACCAUGCUGAUGACGGGUGGAAUUGGAUGGGGUGGUGCUAGUGGUUCAUUCUGGUUGGGAGUAGUUUUACCUACAGUUGCAACAUCCAUGUUUACAAUGUAUUAUCCAUUGUUGUCCUUGUAUAUUCGUGAUUUAAUUAGAAACCAUGAAAUUAAAGCUAUGGAACAGGAUCCAGAGGCAUGGGAUGGUGAUUGGGUCAAAGGUUAUGCAGCAUUCGAAGAUCAAGAGAGACGACGUACAUGGCGUGAAGAGUACCAAAGUAAGUCAUCUUGGUACAACAAGUCUUCUAAUGAAGGGUAUAAUGCGGCGAGUGGAGGUAAUGAUCCUAAAGGAUAUUAUAAGGCGCUGGGUUUAUCGCCUUCUGCAAGCCAGUCCGACAUCCAAAGUGCAUUUAGAGGUCUUGCCAUGAAGCAUCAUCCUGAUAGAUUUUCCGAGCCUGAACAAAAACAGGCAGCUAAGGCAAAAUUCCAAUCGAUAUCAUCCGCCUAUAGUGUACUUCGUGAUGCAAAAAAGCGAAAGGUUUAUGAUCAAACAGGACGCGAUUAGAGUUGUAAUUGUGUGUAACAUAUUUAAGCGGACAACCACACAGACUUUGGGUUUCUAUCGUUUUAAAACCCCGGGGUUGCACAUAAAGACACAAUAAAACAGAUGGUUGCCAUUUUCUUUUCCUAUUUCUU